AUGGCAACCGGUGCUCCUAUUCUUCUGCGUCGACGAAAUUUUCAGUGGUACUGGAAUUCAGCUCCAGAUCCGUGGUCUGUUAGAGAGGAACAAUGGCAAAAGUAUACAGACAUUGAGAAUGAAAUUAUUGAAGAUGGACAUAAUCAAAAACGGAAAGAAGUAGAAAUCGAUGGAAAUUAUGUGAUUGACUUAAAGCAUCAAGUUCAAUAUAAAAAAGGGGACUCUCAUAAGCAGCGGUCAAUUAAACGUGUGCAAUUAGAUAGAGACCGAAGUAGUCUCCAUUUACGUGAAGAACGGUUUUCAUUACCCGUGCCACUUGCCACUUCAACACAGGCAAUUGAUGAUAAUCGUGAUGUUGAAAUGGAAAUACUUCAUGUGAGAAUAGGAAGAUUAGGACAUUUCGCGGCCGUUUACGCAGAGGACCACAUUAAUAAUCAAGGCAAAUCACUUGCUGAUGUGGUUCAGGAAGCUGCUAAUGGUAUAAUUAAAGAAGGUAGUGCUCUUAAUAAAGAAAAAGAGGCACGAUGGCUUGCGGCACAAUUAUUGGCAGUCAAACAUUUUGGAUUGAAUAUUGCAACAGAUCAUAUGUUUCGUAUUCCAGCGGAAAUCGGCGAUACCGUUGUGCAUAUGUACACUUUAGAAACAUUUUUAUACAAAUUAGUUAACAGUCAUGGUCGGCAUCAAUUUUCAGUGACGAAUGAAACAGUCAAAACUGUGGGGCCUUUUUGUCUAAUAUUACAAAGAUAUUUGUUUCAAAUCGAAACCAAGAAUUUCUUUACCGUUUAUCGUGGUCUCAAUUUAACUGACGAGCAACGACAAUUAUUUAUGACUAAGAGAUUAGAGUUUACAGCAUUCACUUCAACGAGCAAAAAUCGUGUUAAAGCUGAACAAUUCGGAGACACCCUCCUAGUUAUCGAUUUAGAGCCAGAACUAUCUGAUGGUGAUACAGCAGAGUAUUGUGGCUCAGACAUUGCACAUCUAUCAGAUUUUCUGAACGAAGAGGAAUUUCUGAUACGAACUGGAACAUUCUUUAAAUUUAUUAAACAUGAAUAUAAUUCUAAAAUGAAAAAACACCUUAUUUAUCUCAAGUCCAUCAAUGGAUCGAAUUUCCUUGCUGCAGAUUUUAUGUCACGCAUGUCUUGA